AUGCGAAAACAAAAGAUCUUGCUUGCAUUACAGGCCCUGAAGCAACUACAACGAUUGGAUGCUGGAAACCCGGACUCACACCGAUGCUUGAUGAGAUUCUUCCAUAAAGUGGCAUCAAGGCCAGCUCCUGUCACUGAUGGUGAAAAACUGAUUUCCGGUGUCCUUGAAGCAGAGCGUCCUACUUUCAAGGAUAUAACUUCAGCUGCAAGGACACAUUCCAUGAAUGUUAUAAAGCAAAGUGCUGGAAUACUUGAACCUGGAAUUAAGAAGUUUAUUUUAUCAUCAAUGUCAGGAGAUAACAGUUCUUCGAAUCCUCAAAUUGAUUACCAUGAAGUUAUCUAUGAUAUUUACCGUUGUGCCCCUCAGACCUUAUCAAAAAUUGUCCCAAACCUUAAAAGAGAGCUACUGACAGAUAAAAUAGACCUUCAUUUAAAGGCAGUCAAACUGGUGGGAGAUCUUUUUUCUAUCAAGGGAUCUUCCAUCCCUCAGACAUUUCAUCCAAUCUUUUUGGAGUUUUUGAAGAAAUUUAAUGAUAAAGUUGUUGAAGUCCGGAUGUCAGUUGUUGAAUAUGCCAAGCUAUGUUGGUUAUCUGAUCCUUUAAGAACAGAAGCUACUCAAUUACUUGGUAACUCUUCAGCUUCCAUAAGUGACAAGUUGUCAGAUGAUGAUGAAAGUAUACGCAAACAACUCUUGCCGAUCAUUGGGUUGCGUGGUUCAUGCAUCCCUAAUUUCUUUGCAAUUAUUUGCUUUAGAGGAGAAGAACGCAAGACCUUUGUUGAUCAUCUUUACACUUCCCUUAAGCAGCUAGGUAUUCAUACCUUCAGGGAUAACGAGGAACUCGAGAAAGGAAAACGGAUCGAUGAGCUCUUCAAAGCCAUUGAAGAGUCGCGGUUCUUUAUCAUUGUUUUCUCCAGAAACUAUGCAUCUUCGUCUUGGUGUCUGAAGGAGGUUACAAAGAUUAUGGAGUGCCAGGAUGAGAAGCAACAGAUUGCUUACCCGCUCUUUUAUGAUGUGGAGCCCAGCGACAUCCGCAGUAGAAGUGGACCAGUUGGAAGAGCAAUCGACAAACAUAAGUCUAAUGAACAGAUUAAGAAAUGGGAAAAGGCUCUUGAAAGUGCAGGCAAUCUGGUUGGGUGGGAUCUGAAAAACAUUUCUAAUGGGCAUGAAGCUGAAGCUAUCAAGAAAAUUGGUGAAGAGAUUUCACUCAAGUUACGUUCCAUUCAUUUGGGAAAUGAUGAAAAUCUGAUAGGCAUGGAUCGCCGGAUGCAAGAGCUGGAGUCGUCUUUGGGAAUCGGUUUGAACGAUAAAGUCCGCAUGAUAGGGAUCAAAGGGAUGGGAGGCAUUGGGAAGACAACAUUAGCCGGGGCUAUUUUUGAUAAAGUAUCUUCCCAUUUUGAAGGUAGUUUCUUUGUUGAGGACGUAAGGGAACUAUCAAAAAAGAAGGAUGGAAGGGAAAUUUCAAAAAAUGAAGGUUUUCGGUCAUUGCAAGAACGAAUCCUUUCAGGUGUUCUAAAAGAUGAAAACAUGCGUGUGGGAAGUGUUUAUGAAGGGGAAAGAAUCAUGAGAAUGAGGCUACCCUAUAAAAAAGUUCUUCUUGUUCUAGACGAUGUGGAUGAUGCAAAGCAGCUUGAGGCGUUAGCUGGUGAUUGGUUCAAGGACGGAAGUAGAAUCAUCAUUACAACAAGAGAUGAGAAAGUGCUGCUAGCACAUGGAGUGAAUGUGAACUGGAUUCAUGAUGUCAGUUUGUUGUCGGAUGAGGAAGCAAUGAGCCUCUUUAGUAGGUAUGCAUUUAAGAGAUAUAUUCCAGAUCAAGGGUUUGAACAGCUGUCAUCAGAAGUAGUACGUUAUGCUGCUGGUCUUCCCUUAACGAUUAAAGUUUUGGGUUCCCAUCUGCGUGGUGAAAAUGAACUUGUAUGGAGAGGUGCACUAAAAAGACUAGAAACAAUUCCAUCACGGGAAACUCUAGAGGUAUUGGAAAUAAGCUAUAAUAGCCUUGAGGAUGAUCACAAGGAAAUGUUCUUAGAUGUUGCAUGCUUCUUGAAGGGGUUUCCUAAAGAAUAUGCAAUUAGAAUGCUUGAUAGCUGUGGAUUUAGUGCUGAAUAUGGUUUAAGAAUUCUUGAGCAAAAAUCUCUCAUAACAAUAUCAAAUAAUGGGUUGGGCAUGCAUGAUAGAUUACUAGAAUUGGGACGGAGUAUUGUUCGGCGAUUGCACCCCCAUGAGACCAACAAACAUAGCCGACUUUGGAUUUACAAGGAAAUUGAAGAAUUAUUAUCUGAUGAUGCGGGUACUGAAUCGUCAACAUGUAUAGGACUGCAGCUAAUGCCGAAGGAAUUGAGUCCUGAAAUUAUCAUAAAAAAACUUGGAAAUCUGAACAAACUUAGAUAUCUUUCUCUUUAUGGGAACCUCCAUGACUGCUUCCCUAGUGGCUGGAAGUUUGAUCAAACAAAACAGUACCUUCCGAAUUCGUUACAGUUUCUGUAUUGGCGUGCUUACCCUGGUUUUUUACCCCAAACAUUUCUAGCAAAUAAUCUUGUUGGAAUUGAAUUGGCUGGAAGCAGAGUUGUGCAACUUUGGGAAAGUGGAGAAAGAAAGGUUCUUAAGAAGCUCAGGUUCCUCGGUCUUAGAGAUUCAAAGUUGAGGACACUUGACCUUGUGAUGACUCCUAAUCUUGAGAAUUUAGAUCUUAGUAGAUGUCAUGAUUUGAUAGAAAUUCAUGCUCCUGCUGGAUGUCUAGAAAGGCUCAUCUUCGUAAAUUUAGUUGGUUGCUCAUGGUCUGUAUCUUCUUCGUUAUUCAAACAAUUGGAAUCACUUGUGCUUCUUAGUAUACCUAACUUAAUUGUGUCUGUGGAGUGCUUGAAGGGAUUCCUAAGGGACUCAACAAGCAAUCUACCAGUGCUACAAUUUACAUUUUAUUAUUCUAAAGAACGACCCUCGAAAACUGCAAUUGAUCGCAAGGGUGUCUUUCUAGAUCUCCAGCCUUGCACAAAACUUGAGAGUGUUUCAGGAAGAACUGGUUUUUUACAACAUCUAAGGCACCUUACAUUUAAGGGCUGUAUUCCAGAAGUGCCCAUUGACCUUGACCAGUUGAAAUGUUUAGAAGAGCUUACUUUGUACUCUACACACAUCAAAUGUCUUCCUGAUAGCGUUUGUAUGUUGAAACAUCUAAAAUCUCUAAACCUUAUAGAUUGCCAGCAUCUUGAAGAGUUGCCAGAGAAUCUUGGUUGGUUAGAAAAUUUAGAGGGGCUGCGUUUGUCGUCUACAAUUAUUAGACGUCUUCCAGAUAGCAUUUGCAUGCUAAUGCAUUUGAAAUGUCUACUACUUGAUACUUGUGAGUUUCUUGAGAAGUUACCUGAAGAUAUUGGGCAAUUAGAAUGUUUAGAGGAGCUGAACCUGACAAAGUGUACAUCUGUAGGAGAUAUUCCAAACAGCAUCUGUAAGAUGAAAACGUUUGAGAUAUCUCUUUCUCCACUUUUGUAGUCAAUUCAAGAAAUUGCCAGAGGAAUUUGGAAAUCUAAAGCUUUUAGAAGUUUUAGAUGUAGUGGAUACAGGAAUAAGUCAUCUUCCACACAGCAUUUCUUCGAUGAAUGGUCUGUGUAUUUUCGGAUCCAUAUCACUUCUUGAUCAGUUGUGUGCUUUUACAACCAAGAUAGAGUCCUCAGAAAAUGGACCCUUCUGCUACAUAUAAGCCGUGAAUAGCACACCGGCACCAACAGAAUUAAGGAGCCAGUCCACAGAGAACUAUCUUAAGAGGUAAGAGUUUCUUCCUUUUUGCAUUGAUUAUAUUAUAUUUUAGAG